AUGGCGCGGGGCGGCGGGCGGCUGCAGCCCCGCGCCGCCGCCGCCGCUGCCCCUGCCCGGGGGGACCGGGGGCCGCUCGGCCUCCUGUGCCUGGCGCUGCUGUGCGCGCUGGGCGCCGCCGAGGCGGAGUUCUCCAUCCUGGACGAGGCGCAAGUGCUGGCCAGCCAGAUGAGGAAACUCGCCACCGAGGAGCUGAGGGUCGUCACCAUGCAGAGGAUAUUCAACUCCUUCGUGUACACAGAGAAAAUAUCAAAUGGAGAGAGCGAAGUUCAGCAGUUGGCAAAAAAAAUCCGUGAGAAGUUCAACCGCUACCUGGACGUGGUGAAUCGGAACAAGCAGGUGGUGGAAGCCUCGUACACUGCCCACCUCACCUCACCCCUGACUGCCAUCCAGGACUGCUGCACCAUCCCCCCUUCCAUGAUGGAAUUUGAUGGGAAUUUCAACACCAACGUUUCCAGAACCAUCAGCUGCGAUCGCCUCUCGACCACUGUCAACAGCAGAGCCUUCAAUCCUGGACGUGACUUAAAUUCUGUCCUUGCUGACAACCUGAAGUCUAACCCAGGGAUCAAGUGGCAAUAUUUCAGCUCAGAAGAAGGGAUUUUCACCGUGUUCCCAGCCCACAAGUUCCGGUGCAAGGGCAGCUACGAACACCGUAGCAGGCCCGUCUACGUCUCCACCGUUCGCCCUCAGUCCAAGCACAUCGUGGUGAUCGUGGACCACGGGGCCUCUGUCACAGACACUCAGCUCCAGAUUGCCAAGGAUGCUGCCCAGGUCAUCCUCAGCUCCAUAGAUGAGCACGACAAGAUCUCGGUGCUGACGGUGGCGGACGCGGUGCGCACGUGCUCCCUGGACCAGUGCUACAAGACCUUCCUGUCCCCUGCCACCAGCGAGACCAAGAGGAAGAUGUCCACCUUUGUCAGCAGCAUCAAGGCGUCCGACAGCUCCACGCAGCACGCCCUGGGCUUCCAGAAGGCUUUCCAGCUCCUGCGGAACACCAACAACGGCACCCGGCUCCAAGGAAAUACUGACAUGGUCAUCAUUUAUCUCUCGGCUGGGAUCACAUCAAAAGAGUCCUCAGAAGACGAUAAAAAAGCCACUCUGCGUGUCAUCAACGAGGAGAACAGCUUCCUCAAUAACUCAGUGAUGAUCCUCACUUAUGCCCUCAUGAAUGAGGGGGUGACGGGGCUGAAGGAGCUGGCCUUCCUGCGGGACCUGGCUGAGCAGAACUCGGCCAAGUACGGCGUGCCCGACCGCAGCGCCCUGCCCGUCACCAAGGGCAGCAUGAUGGUCCUCAACCAGCUCAGCAACCUGGAGACCACCGUGGGCAGGUUCUACACCAACCUGCCCAACAGGAUGAUCGACGAGGCCGUGUUCAGCCUGCCCUUCUCGGAUGAGAUGGGGGAUGGCCUGAUAAUGACUGUCAGUAAACCCUGCUACUUUGGGAACCUCCUGCUGGGAAUUGUUGGAGUAGAUGUCAACCUUGCCUACAUCUUGGAAGAUGUCACCUAUUACCAGGACUCCUUGGGAUCCUACACCUUCCUCAUUGAUAAUAAAGGGUACACUCUGAUGCACCCCUCCCUGACCAGGCCCUACCUGCUGUCUGAGCCUCCCCUGCACACAGACAUCAUCCACUACGAGAACAUCCCCAAGUUCGAGCUGGUGCGCCAGAACAUCCUCAGCAUUCCCUUGGGCAGCCAGAUCAUCACAGUUCCUGUGAACUCCUCGCUGUCCUGGCACGUCAACAAGCUGAGGGAAAUCGGGAAAGAAGCCUACAAUGUCAGCUAUGCCUGGAAAAUGGUGCAGGACACGUCCUUCAUCCUGUGUGUGGUGGUGAUCCAGCCAGAAAUUCCCGUGAAGCAGCUGAAGAACCUCAACACCGUCCCCAGCAGCAAGCUGCUCUACCACAGGCUGGACCUGCUGGGCCAGCCCAACGCCUGCCUGCACUUCAAGCAGCUGGCCACCCUGGAGAGCCCCACAGUGAUGCUGUCUGCAGGCAGCUUCUCCUCCCCCUACGAGCACCUGAGCCAGCCCGAGACCAAGCGGAUGGUGGAGCACUACACGGCCUACCUGAGCGACAACACGCGCCUCAUCGCCAACCCCGGCCUCAAGUUCUCUGUCAGGAAUGAAGUAAUGGCAACCAGUCACGGCACGGAUGAAUGGAUGACCCAGAUGGAGAUCAGCGGCCUCAACAGUUACAUUGUCAGGCGUUACAUAGCAACCCCCAAUGGGGUGCUGCGCAUCUACCCCGGCUCCCUCAUGGACAAAGCAUUUGAUCCCACCAGGAGACAAUGGUACCUGCAUGCAGUGGCCAAUCCAGGACUCAUCACCUUUACUGGGCCCUACCUGGACGUGGGAGGGGCUGGAUAUGUGGUGACCAUCAGCCACACUGUCCAUUCCUCCAGUGCUCAGAUGUCCUCAGGACACUCCGUGGCCGUGAUGGGCAUCGACUUCACCCUCAGAUAUUUCUACAAAGUCCUCAUGGACCUGCUGCCAGUUUGUAACCAAGAUGGGGGGAACAAAAUCAGGUGCUUCAUCAUGGAGGACAGGGGGUACCUGGUGGCACAUCCAACCCUCAUCGACCCCAAGGGCCACGCGCCCGUGGAGCAGCAGCACAUCACUCACAAGGAGCCUCUGGUAGCAAACGACAUCCUGAACCACCCCAACUUUGUCAAGAAGAACCUCUGCAACAGCUUCAGCGACAGGACCGUGCAGCGCUUCUACAAAUUCAACACCAGCCUAGUGGGUGACCUGACCAACCUGGUGCACGGCAGUCACUGCUCCAAGUACAGGCUGACGAGGAUCCCGGGCACCAACGCCUUCGUGGGCAUCGUCAACGAGACGUGCGACUCGCUGGCCUUCUGUGCCUGCAGCAUGGUGGACAGGCUGUGCCUCAACUGCCACAGGAUGGAGCAGAACGAGUGUGAGUGUCCCUGUGAGUGCCCACUGGAGGUGAACGAGUGCACUGGGAACCUGACCAACGCUGAGAGCAGGAAUCCCAGCUGUGAGGUGCACCAGGAGCCGAUGACCUUCACAGCCAUCGAUCCCAGCCUGCAGGAUGCACUCCCCCAGUGCAUCAACACCCAGUGCAACCAGAGGACAGAGAGUGGGGAUUGCUUUGGAGUGCUGGACUGCGAGUGGUGCAUGGUGGACAGCGAUGGGAAGACCCACCUGGACAAGUCCUACUGUGCCCCUCAGAAGGAAUGCUUUGGUGGCAUCGUGGGAGCCAAGAGUCCCUAUGUGGAUGAUCUGGGAGCAAUAGGAGAUGAGGUGAUCACGCUGAACAUGAUCAAGAGUGCCCCGGUGGGCCCCGUGGCUGGAGGCAUCAUGGGCUGCAUCAUGGUGCUGGUGCUGGCCGUGUACGCGUACCGGCACCAGAUCCACCGCCGCAGCCACCAGCACAUGUCCCCGCUGGCAGCACAGGAAAUGUCAGUGCGUAUGUCCAACCUGGAGAACGACAGGGACGAGAGGGAUGACGACAGCCAUGAAGACAGAGGAAUCAUCAGCAACACUCGCUUCAUCGCGGCCGUCAUCGAGCGCCACGCGCACAGCCCCGAGCGCCGCCGCCGCUACUGGGGCCGCUCCGGCACCGAGAGCGACCACGGCUACAGCACCAUGAGCCCCCAGGAGGACAGCGAGAACCCCCCCUGCAACAACGACCCUCUCUCUGCUGGGGUGGACGUGGGGACCCACGACGAGGACCUGGAGCUGGACACGCCCCCGCAGACGGCAGCGCUGCUGAGCCACAAAUUCCACCACUACCGGCUGCACCACCCCACCCUGCACCACAGCCACCACCUGCAGGCCGCUGUCACCGUGCACACCGUGGAUGCCGAGUGCUGAGGACAGCACAGCUGCCACCCCCUGCAGGCUGUGCCACUGGGGACACCACAGCUGCCACCUGCAGGCUGUGCCACUGGGGACACCACAGCCACCCCCUGCAGGCUGUGGCACUAAGGACACCACAGCCACCCCCUGCAGGCUGUGGCACUAAGGACAUCACAGCCACCACCUGCAGGCUGUGACACUGAGGACCCCACAGCCACCACCUGCAGGCUGUGACACUGAGGACACCAUGGUCACCACCUGCAGGCUGUGACACUGAGGACACCACAGCCACCACCUGCAGGUUGCUGGCACCGUGCACUGAGGACACCACAAAUGCCACUCCAGGGCCAUGGGGACUGUGCUGCUCCCCAAGGACAACCUCACAGGCUUCCCAACCAAACUGAGGCAUCAGAGCUUUGCAUUUUUACAAAUGGAAGGUUGGCUCUGGCCCGCAAAUGUGCUUGAUGAAUGGACCUGCCAAAAUAUGGAAAAAAAUGGAGCAGGAGGCACGUUAGACCUCCAGGAACAGGGAUGGGAGUUUAUCCAGCAGCUGGAGUUUGUUGUGCUGAGCCAAGAGCAGACAGAGAGCAUAAAGAGCCAGAGAUGAUUUGGUUUCCUUAACUGGAAGAGCAGGAAUGUGCAGCUGGAGAGCCCAGAAGUGGCAGGCAGAGCAGGAAGGCUGCUGGUGGAGAGCUCCUUGUGCCCACGUUGCUCUGCGGGACCCGGGACAAAUGCAUCUCAAGAUUUUUAAGUAAAGGAUUAUUUUUCUACUAUUUAUUGAACUUGAAACUUUGGGGGGAGGGAGGGGAGAAAACCUGUUAGGGAUUCUCAGCGAGUACCACGUGCAUUCUGUGCUGGGGAAGGGGCUCUUCCCAGGAAAGCAGCUGUUCCCUGGGAGCUGACCUUCAGCCAGUGCCCCACUCUGCAAAGGGAAAAUGAAGAAGCCCUCUCUGCCUCGCUGUUUACAUUAGGAUUGCUUUCUUUUCCACACUUCUUUCCUGUAAAUAUUACAGCCUGAUUUCUAUUCCAGUAUUGUCUUCCUAUCUGCAGAGGAGAAAUCCUGUACUCCGUUACUAAAAUUCAGAGAAUUCUGCCCAGAAACUUCUCCAUCUUCAUCUCUUCGCUCAUCCUUAAAGGAUUCCUGUGUGGAAGUAAUAAAGAAUUUCUUUAGCAUUAGUUACCAGAUAAUCCCAAAUGGAAUCUGUGCCAUUCUUCUGUUUCCUUGGACCACAAGUAGGGAUAAACCAGUGUUUUGUAAAACUUGGGUUACUGUGGAAGGAACCUUGAAACCAUAAUGAGAAGCUGCUGCUGUUUGUCUGGAAUUUUAACCUUGCUUGGUAAUUCAAACAAAGAUUAAUCAAUGUCUACAACAAAGGGCAUCAUAAUUAUCAGUAUGUUUUCAAUCACAGUGUUGUAUUUUAGAUUCACAUUUUGUGAUUACAAUGAUAUCAAGCCGUUCUUGCACUGUGCAUAUGGUAAACAUCCAUUUAUAUGUAGGUUUUUUUAAAAAAUCACUUGUUUUAAUUAAUAUGGUACUUAAUACUGUAUUAUGUAAAAAAUUGGUUCUUAAACAGUACAGUAAAAUAAUUCUAUGUGUGAUACCAGGAUAUCCCUUUAUACUAUGUAUAAAAUCAAAAUCUCUAGUGAAAUAAACUGUAUAUAAGUAUA